UUGUCUUGGCUCUAUAUAGAGAAGGAAAAGCAGGAGUGUGACUAGAGCCAGAAGGCAGAGAGAGAGAGAGUGUGUGUACAACUGCGUUAAAGUACUUUGACCUGGAGUUGAAAAGAGACCAGCUCACAUUUUUCCACUGGAUAUAACCGCAGGUAAGCAAUGUCGAAGCUUUUGAUGCUCAUUACACUGCUCCCUUUGCUGUUGGAGGGGGGCAUGUCGGUACAGACCCAGUCCCGGACAAAGAGAGAACUUGCAAGCCCGCUGCACCUGAGGGGGAUCCGGGAUCCAUUAGGCACAUACUGCCAGAGGAGAGGAGGCUGCUGCCCUGGCAGAAAUGACCAGUGUACUGUGCCUUACCUAGACACCAUCUGCUACUGUGACCUGUUCUGCAACCGCACUGUGUCCGACUGCUGCCCCGACUUCUGGAGCCACUGCCUGGGAACAACUCCUCCCUAUCCUCCCAGUUCUUGUGAAAGGAACGGCCACAGGUUUCACUCAGGAGCAACCUACAAAGAGAACUGUAAUUUAUGUACAUGUGGUCAUAAUGGGCGUUGGGAAUGUGAGUACAAUGCCUGUCUGAUAGAGGAUGACAUGAUCCAGGAAAUCAACAGGAGAGGUUUAGGCUGGAGGGCAGCUAACUACAGUCAGUUCUGGGGUAUGACACUGGACGAGGGUCUGCGGCACCGUCUAGGCACACAGCGCCCCUCACGGACUGUUAUGAAUAUGAAUGAAAUCCAGAUGAACAUGAAUGGAAACGAUCAUCUGCCAGCUAACUUCAAUGCAGCAGACAAAUGGCCUGGCAAAAUCCAUGAGCCCCUGGACCAGGGCAACUGUAAUGCAUCCUGGGCCUUCUCAACCGCAGCUGUUGCAUCAGACCGGAUCGCUAUUCAAUCAAUGGGUCACAUGACCCCUCAGCUCUCCCCUCAGAAUCUGAUUUCCUGUGACACGCGUCACCAGGAUGGCUGCACCGGUGGCCGUAUCGAUGGAGCUUGGUGGUACCUAAGGCGAAGAGGGGUAGUGACAGAGGAUUGCUACCCCUUCUCUCCACCCCAGCAAACCCCUGCUGAGGUCAGCCGAUGUAUGAUGCAGAGUCGAGCAGUGGGCAGAGGAAAGAGACAGGCCACAGCACACUGUCCCAACAGCCACAGCUACCACAAUGAUAUCUAUCAGUCAACCCCACCAUACAGGCUGUCUUCUAAUGAGAAGGAGAUUAUGAAAGAGAUUAUGGAUAAUGGCCCUGUACAAGCCAUCAUGGAUGUCCAUGAGGAUUUCUUUGUGUAUAAGAAUGGAAUUUACAGAUAUUCAGAUGUGAAUUACCACAAAUCACCACAGUACCGCAAACAUGCAGCACACUCCGUCAGGAUAAUAGGAUGGGGAGAGGAGAGGGACUACAAUGGCAGAACACACACAUACUGGAUUGCAGCCAACUCAUGGGGAAAGAACUGGGGUGAGGACGGCUACUUCCGCAUCACUCGCGGUAAAAACGAGUGUGAGAUCGAAGCGUUUGUGAUUGGCGUCUGGGGCAGGGUAACCAUGGAGGACAUGCACAACCAUCACCACCAUCAUGGACGACGCAAGUAGAGCUGUGAGAUCUUCUGCAAUAGGAUCUCUGUGCACCUGAAUGCCUGAUCUAUACCAUACAAUAAAUCAAUCAGGUUUAUGGCAGGUUUGGGUCUGAUUUCUACCAAACUGAUAAACCCCAGUGACUUUUGAAAAUGUCAAUAUAAGCAGCUGUUUUAACCAUAUGCAUAAAAUAUCGUGCCCUCUCUGUCCAAAUAGAUACCUCUGCUAGAGUUUUGAUUCUUCAAAGUUUUUAGUAGUAGAAAUUGUUGGCAAAUAAUUUGAACAUUUAUGUAAACUGCAAAUAUCAGCCACAGGACUCAAAAGCACUCAGGACUCAGUAUUCCAAAGAUGAACUACAUAGGCAGACAGGCACUCUGCAUUACAAUUGCAUCAAAUAUCAAUUAUGGUGAUAUUACGAUGUGUCUUAAGAUUUGUGUGUGUGGGGUUCCACUACGUUUAGGAAGCCAUCUCUUUUCUCAUAGUGUCAGAUUAAAGUCAUCACCCAAUAAGGUAGUCGGUCAGACAACACUUCAUACAUUCCCCAUUUAAAGGGACAGAAGGAUGGUUGCAAGAACACCAGGGGGAAGAGAAUGGUUUUAGGACCAAUCAUUUAUUCUGAAAAUGCCCUUGAUUAAAUUUAUGCAACGUACCGUAUAUCUGCAUUCUGUUGAGAUUUUUAUAAGUUAUUUUAUAAUUCUUUUAAAGCAUUUAUGUAAAGUCAGUCUUUGAAGAACCACUCCAGUCAAACAUAUUGGAGAACAUUUCAGAUUGUUGUGCAUUUCUAUUAGGUUGGCUGUUAUAUAAUCAGAUACUGUGUUGUAUUUGCCACUUUCUUCGUAAUUCAAAACAAUUAUUAGUCACACUCCUUUUAGAUUUCACAUUUAGGAAACAAACCAAAAUAAAUGUAUUUAAUAAUCUUUUUUUUCACAACUGCUGACAUCUGCCUCUAGCACCAGUUUCAGUAUUUUAAGCACAUUAAACACGUCAUAUUCCCAGAAAUAUAGUAAGCUCUACGGAUAAUGGUAUUCUUGUUAAUUCAGGCAAGGUACUGUUAGUCUAUACUUGGGAUGCUUUCACAACAAAAUAUUAACAUUAGCUAUACGUAACAGUAUGAAUUAGAAUUAAAUCCAUCAAAAUGUUGCAUGUGAAGAUAAAACAUUAUCUUAUCAUCAUUUUACAUGAUGUACAUAUAGGCCUAAAUUUAACACCAAAUGGUGUGUUUUAUAUUAGAAAAUGUCUGGAGAAAGGUAUGAUUGCCUGUACAGGAGCAAGGCAAUCAUACCAAAAAGGCUUUUUCAUGCUAAACUACAAAAAAAAUAAAAAUGGCCAGCAGUUGCUGCAAUUAUGAAUCAUCUUGUAGAAUCUAUAACAUUUUAAUUGCUGGUGUGGAACUUAAAGUGAGCUUAAAUGCAAAUAUACAAAGGCCUAGCUAUUUGUUUAUCAUACCAGCUAACGUGCUACAUUUAAUAAAAAUUCUGUUUAAAUAGAACCUUUGGUUGAAAUCAUUAGGGUUAUUGUGCUGUAAUAUAUAUAAAAUUAUGGCUGUCGAUUUAACGUAAAAAUUCAGUGCGAUUAAUUAUAUAAAAAAAUAAUGAAAGCAAUCAUGUCCCUGGACCGUGAUAAGCAAUAUUCAUUCCAUCUGAGCAAUUCAAGCUUGAAGUACAACAUGUUUUCUCCAGGGAGCAGUAAGCGAAACUUCAGUUGUUUGGGCAACACGCUUAUACAGAGAACACACCGCACUCACCAACAUCAGACGAAAUAAGAGCUGUGUCCGAAAUCGUUCACUAUUUCCUAUAUAAUGAAUGGCAGUGAGUGCACUAUAUCUCAGCAUUGAGUGGACGAAUUAAGUGAGUGAAUUCGGAUGAUACACCGACAGGCCCUUAACCAACAGAGUGGGGGGGGGGGUCUUUUUUUUUUUUUUUUUAAGUGGACCUUUUUGCAGUUUUUCCCCUCAUUUUUAUAUUUAAUUAUGAGGUUCAAAUACUUAAUUUUGGUGACUUUUUAAGCACUAAUUGUGCUGGAUUAGCUUGUCUGCUGGUCUCUUAACGAGCACACUUUUUGAUGCACUGAACAUAUUUAGUACAAUGUUGUCAAAUUGCUUACCAAGUAUAAUAACCGUACCCUUUUUGGCAGUCUUUUUGAACAUAUGUUCAAUAUUCUGCGACAAUGACGCUGCUGCCUGCUUUCUCUUCCGACUCUCCUGCUCUUUUCGCGCCAUACUCACUAUCCGGCUGGAUGUCGCUGGUUUAACGUUGUACAUAUGGUUUCGAAGAUGUAAGAGACCGCCUGAAAACUCCACUCACUACGCUAAACAUAGCAGAUGUUCACUUAUUCAUUCAAUUCACGUGCAAGUUAUACAUGAAAAAAAAGUGUAAAAUACAUUUUUACAUUCAGAAUGUUCUUAUAACUUCCCAGAGGACAGACAGACAUACUACAGGUGAGAUUAUUACAAUAUGAUAAAUUAUAUAAGUACAGUAAUCAAUUUUGGACUUACUAAUUAAUCACUAAAAUUCAAAAAAAUAAAAAAACUACAGCCUUUAAAAUUAGAAAAUAUAAUUUAGAUUUUUUUAUCUUCUAUAAAAUAAUUGAUUACUGUACUUAUACAAGUAAGUAUCGUUUGAUACGUUCUAUUCAAUUAUAUAUGCAAAAGGAACGUUUGAGAGUCUAAAAUAUAUAUUUCCUAUUGAAACUGAAGCUGAAGAUAUAAAAACCAUCUUUAGAAAAACGUUUGUGUGAAAUAUCUUGUGCGCCAAAGACUAAAAACUAAAACAAAAACUGCUUUUUCAAGUCUUAAGCUAUUGUAUUCUGUAAACUAAUACGAUUGUAUACAUAAACAUUGUCAAACCUUGUUUUUUUGUUCUUGUGUCUAUUUGUAAUUAUUUAAUUGAUUACUAUGACCAUAACUCUUUUAAAAAUCUUUCACACACACAAAAAAUAAAUACAUUUGGAAAUGUUGAAAAUGAGCUAAUACUAUAUGGGCAAAAGUGAACAACAUCUCUCUGCAUGUGGGGUUUGGAUACAGUGCUGAAUCAAUUUUUUUUGACUGAUGUAAAUCAGUCAAAAAAUGUCACAUUGCAAGACACAUAGAGGGUUCACUUCUCAAAUAAAUAUAAAUUUUACAUAUUGCUUCUUGGGUAUAUAUUAUCUGUUUUAGCCAAUUUGUUAUAGAGCACCGUUCUAAGCAAGCUUUCUGCUGACUUUGAUAAUGAUAAUGCCAUCAUAAUGGUGACAUGUCUGUAAAUCAAAUGCCAUAUUAAAGGCAUUUUAUUCAGCAAUGCUCCCAUAGACAGGAAGACUGUUGACUGAUAAGAUGUACAUCAAUCAGCAUUCGGUUAAAUGUUUUCAAUCAGUGAUGCAAGAAUUUUCCAUUUAAAUAGUGCCGUUAUAUACAGCCAGGUGAGUGAGUCCAGCAAAGGGGUCAUUUCAUGCAUAUUCAAUUUGGCUAAUGACAAGACAUUAAAUUGAAGUUUCUGUUAUAUAUACUGAUCUGUGCCCAGCCUGGGUUUUUCCACUUUUAAACUUAUUCUUAUAUCUCCCUUUAGUCUUUUCUUCCAUCAUGUUAUUAUGAAUGAAAACCUUCAUGUUAUUUAAGAUCAAAGAUUGUCUGUAAAUAAUGCAUCUUUGGUUACUGUACAAUGUGUUACCAUGUUAUCUCUUGUAUUGUUUGUACACAAUGCAAACCACUAUUGUGUUCACUUGUGUGAUGCAAUAAAAAACUCUACAGCA